UAUCCUUAUUAUUUUAUCUGAUAUGGACUUGAGUAUUAAUUGAUAAACCUCGGUGUACGGUUUGUUCGCGAGAGGUAAUCGUCACGCCUAUUCAGAAUGGUUGAGUUGGCGGUUGAGUUGUUUAGGAAGCAGUUUGGGUGUGAGCCUCAGAUUGGAGGAUGCAGCCCGGGACGAGUGAAUCUGAUCGGCGAGCAUACGGACUACAAUGAUGGAUACGUGUUGCCGAUGGCUUUAGAGAAUGUAACUGUUGUCAUAGGUCGAAGAGUAGAUGGCGAUGUGUGUACAAUUGUUACUGGCACAGAGGAAGUACCAGAAGACCAAAGAAUCUUGACAUUUCCAACUCCCGGUCCAUCUUCUCUGUUACAGCCCAUAGAGCCACCGAAAUUGUGGCACAACUACGUCAAGGGUGUUCUGGUUGCAUUUGAUGAUAACAAGGGCAACAUCCCUGCAUUUCAGGCUGUAAUUGUGACGACUGUUCCACUUGGUGGUGGGCUGUCUAGCUCUGCUGCACUUGAAGUUGCUACAUAUGUCUUUCUGGAGCAACUGUGUCCUCAGUUGCCGAAGAGAAGUGAUAAGGAGAAAGCAUUGGCUUGUCAAUGGGCAGAGCAUAGAUUUCCAAAAAUGCCUUGUGGUAUUAUGGAUCAAUAUAUUUCAGUGAUGGGAAAGAAGGACUAUGCACUACUCAUUGACUGCAGAAAUCUAGCAGAAAGUGAACACGUACCUCUCAAUGAUCCCCAAGUAGUCGUACUGAUCACCAAUUCAUGUGUCAAACACGAACUCGGUGACAGCGCUUAUCCAUUGCUUCGAGCACAAUGUGAAUCAGCAGCCAAAAAGCUGAACAAACCGAGCCUUAGAGACGUAACUACUGAACAAGUGGAAGCUGAGAAAGGAAAGCUGACUGAUGAUGAACUGAAACGAUGCAGACACGUGGUGUCUGAGAUCCAGAGAACAAAAGCUGCAGCCGAUGCUCUCAAGACAAACAAUUACGUCCAGUUCGGCAAACUGAUGAAUCAGAGUCACAAUUCGUUGAGAGAUGACUACGAAGUGAGCUGCAAAGAGCUAGACCGGUUGGUUGCUUUAGCUCAAGAGGUACCAGGCGUGUACGGUUCACGGAUGACUGGAGCUGGGUUCGGUGGCUGCACAGUUACUUUGGUACAACGAGAUGCUCUGAAAGCAGCCAAAGAACACAUACAGGCUGGAUACAAGCGUGCAACAUUUAUAGAGUCUUCUCCUGCAGAUGGAGCAAGAUCCGUUUCAUUGUGACUAAACUAUUGAACACGCCUGCCAGUAGUGAUUGUGAUUGCAAACGUCAUUGUGCCCGAUUGACUGUCGUAUUGUAGCAUGAAGUGUUUACGUAUAUACUUUGUGUUUGAGACAAUUUUAUGCAUCCGAUCUGUCCAACUCCUUGUAAUUAUGAGACCCAGUUGUA